GCGGGAAAGGGAGCGUUUGGGACGACCUCGAAAUGGCACGUUCAGGUUCCUCCCAUCAUGUCCAUGUUCAGCCCAGCUGCCCUGCAUGAGUCAGCUUCUCUUCGCUCCUGAAUGCGUCUUCUUCGUCCCUACCUCAACCCUGGUGGCUGUUGACGCAGCUUUUGAGUGGAAGGUCGAGAAAGAGUUGCCCGGGGCCAAGGUUACGGCAGUGCAUGCAGGGAGUGCCUGAUUCAAACAGCUCUCGCCUCGCGAACUCGAAGAGAAUGGAGUUGCAGCAGUGACCUGUAGACCAGAUUCCCGUGGCUUGUUUGCUUCUUUGUUGUCAACUGAUACAAGCAGCAUGGACCAACGACGCUAUGGCCGAGGCAAUGGCGGUAGUCCUCUGGCAGCCCCUCGUCGGCCAAGGACAAGUGGGUUCAGGGAACUUUCUGGGCCAUUGCCCAAGGAUAACAGUGGCAAAAUGGAAACAGACUCGGAGCUGCAGGACUCUCCUGGGUCAGAUGCACCUCCUGGAAACACACUUGCCCAGGCAUUGGCAAGACAAAAGAGGAAACGUCCUGGAUCGGCAAGUGAUCCUGGGGAUGACAGCAUGGAUGAGAGUGGAAGUGGAGACCACAAGGAAAUUGAAGACAAAAUCUCAGAACCUGUGAAAAGCAAAGAGGCGGCGAGCAUACAGGGAGGUGGUCCAAGUAAGAUACCCAGAAGAGCUCGUUCAGUGUUGGCGAAGCGGCUGGAUCCUCAGCAUCCUGCUCGUGGCAAUGAUUUGCCUGCUGUACACUAUGCCUCCUCGCCGUCUGCGGCUUCAGUACCGUCAGGCAGAGGGCCCAGACGAGGCAGGAUGCCUCAGAAGAUGCGCAAUAGCAGCAAAAUGAAGAGGGAGAUCGCAGCCGCUGCUGUGAGCGUAUCUGAGCAAGAGCGGGAAGUGGCGGAGGCUCUAUUUGGCCUGGCAAACAUGGCAGCUCUGCAACCGCCAAGCCCCCCUGCCUCUCCUGCCCGGUCAGCUUCCCCCGUAGCCAAGUCAGAGGAUGCCAUUGCAAAGACAAGCGCAGCCAUUACUGUUGCUGCGGCAGCCUUGAUACAAGCAUCUUCUCCAGCGCUCAGUGCCGAUGGGGACGAUGAUUCGCAGCCAAUCAUCUCAUUGAAGAGCUCGGUUCCAGUUUCAGCUAGUGCUUCAGUGUCAGCUGCAACGGAAGAGAAGAGGCAGAAAUCUGCAAAGCGGGAAGGGCCCCCUGAGGACGGUGCACCAUCUGCCAGUACCAGUUUACCGGCUCUCGAAGCAACAGCCAUGGUCCCUCCCAAGCGCAAGAGGCCACGGGCCCGCGCAAAGGCAGAACCUGUCCCCAUCAGCAAGGAUGGAGGGGCACUGGCAGUCCUGGGGGCAGCGGCAGCGAACUUGGCGGAAGACAGCUUGAACCAGGCUAAGGCAGAGACAGAGUCUAUUCUGGCUCCGGGUCUGGACGUACUCGCGGCGUCCGUAGCCGCCACCAAAGAGCUGGGGAAAGUGGAGAAGCCAGUGGGUCCCCCAAUCGCGGCGUUCAAAGCGGAGAAGAAGAGGGUGGCCGCUGAGAAGAAGGCGAAAGCAGAGGCGGCGGAGAAGUUGGCUCAGAAGAAGGUAGAGCCUGCUGAGGGCGCGGAAGCCAAGGCGGGGCUGGAUGUUUCGGAGGGCAAUGUUCCCAUCAUUGCCCCCAAGCUCAAGGAGCCGAGGAAGAGAAAAGAGAAGGAGAGCAAGGGGCAGGAUGGAGAGAAGAAGGAAAAGAAGAGGAGCAAGGGGGAUCACGACGUGGUAAAGAGGUCUGGCCACAUUGGGAAGCCAGCCAAACCAGAAGCAGAACCCGAGUUUGAUCGAGAGGGAUCCUACUCCGACAAGUCAGACAGGGAGCCAAUCAAGCCAGCCUCGCAGAAGUCUGCUAAGGCGGCGAAGAGGGAGGCGAUGGCAGCAUCUCUCAAAGCUGAAAAAGCUGCCUCUGAGAAAGAGCCCCCUACGGCGCCGUCUGUGUCCCGCCCCCCCUCAGCCCCUCAGUCAGCCCCGGCUCCCGUUGCUCCCACUCCAACGAACGCUCCUCCGAGCUCGUCCCCUGUUCCGGCAUCUGCUGCUGUUUUGCCAGGCCCUGGGGCUCCCUUGCCAGCCUGGGCGCAAGGAAGCAUGCCCCCAAUGUACUUCAACCAGGCCAUGGCUGCUGCUGCUGCGGCUGCAGCUGCCACCUGGCCCAACCAACUAGGGAUGGACGGAAGGGAAGGUGGAGCGGCGGCGGCCGCCGCACAGGCGCAUAUUCCCUCCUACAUGCUGCCCCCCCGGCGGCCCUGGAAGCGCUGCGCCUCGCACGUGUACAUCGCGCACUACAUCGAGUACCAGCAGACCCUCAUGCAGCUCUCCAACGCCGGCCUCUUCCUCCGGAUGCCGCAGCAGCCCCCCACGCCCCUCCCAAUGGCGUUCGGCGCCAACGCGAGCGCUCCCGGUGGGGGCAGUGGCCCCUCGGUGCCGGCACCAUCUGAGACAGGGCCUGGUCCCGCUCCCUCUGCAGCAGUCAAGCACGAGAGAGGCCCUGUUGGGGAGAUGGGCGAGGGGGGGGCAGGGCAGGGGCCACCGGGAAGGUCGAUCGGGUCUGCCUUCCAGGACGCGGGCGCGCGGAAGCCGCCGCAGCAACCGCUUGGGCCCAGCAUGCAGCCCACACCGAAGUCACAGUACAGCACUCCCCCUCCCCAGAGCACCUCGCCCCCCCGUGCUCCGCAGGCUCCGCCUCCCAGCUCCGAUCCCCCCCCGAUUUCAGCGCCCCCGAACCCCCCACCGGCAGCUAGCCAAGGCAGCGGGCAGGCUGGCAACCCCCCCACUGGUCCGGGGACAGCACAAGUCACGGCCCAGGCGGCAUAUGCUGCGCAGCACUUGGCGAUGCUUCAGCAGAACGGCUACCCGUUCCCGUUUAACCCCGCGUCCUUGAACCUGCCCCCCUUCCCCCCCUUCUCUGGGGCCAGUGGGCACCUUCCGGGGAUCUCGCCAGCAGCGGUGGCACAAUACAUGGCGUACUUGCAAACGAGUCUGGGCAUUCCGCCACAGGGCGGUCUUCCUCCUCAACUCCUCCAUGCACAUCACUCUCCCAAUGAGCACUUACCCCAGCCAACAGGAGGCCCCCCCGCCUCUGCCGGCCUAGAUGUCAAACCCCAAACUCUCGCACGGCCCAAUCUCAACCAGCAGCCCAUGCCCGGCCCUCGCCCCCCUCCGCACAACGACCCCCCGCCGAAUCGGGAACAGCGCGAGGAACGGGAGCAGAAGGUGCGCCCCAAUCUGAACAACCGCCCGGUGCGUCCGCCCCAGCAGGGGGAGAUGCGGGAGAUGGACGAGCGGAAGCAGUUCGGCGAGCGGGGGGGCCGGCCGACGGAGGGGCCCGCCAUGAAGAGCUUCCUGGAGCAGCAGAGCCGGGAGCAGCAAGCGCGCCAGCAGCAGCAGCAGCAGCAGCAGAAACUGGGGGGAGCGCCGCCGUACCGCUCGCUCGACCUCCCCCCCGCGUUCUUGCAGAGCCCCGAUCUCCUGUACCAAAAGCAGCUCUCCCAACUCGAAGCCAGCUGGAAGGACGGGUCGUACAAACCGGCGCGCCCGGAGGGUCCCACCAGCCAGCAGCAGCCGCCGCCUCCGCAGCGCCACCCUUCUCUUGCCGGUAACGAGCGCAACGGCCCUUCGCAGUCGUCGGUUGGUCCGGGACCCCUCGGGUUGAAUCCGGCGGCAGCCGGGAUGGUCCCGCGCGGGCACACAACGAUGAUUGGAACGCCCGGGAUGCUUCCCCCGGGCCCGAACAUGGGUCCCAUGCCAGCAAACUUCGCCGAGUUCCUGGCAGACGCGCAACGGAGGAGCAUCGAGCAGCAGGGGCAGCGUAGGGGAGGGCCCGAGGGCGGGCGUUACAAGGACCAGCAGCCGGGGGGGCCUCCCGAGGGGAGCCUCCAGUCGUAUCGGGACCUGUACAUUCAGCAGUGGAACGAACAAGAAGGCCGGAUGCAGCAGCAGGUGCACCGGCCGCCGUCUGCCAGCGAGGGUGGCGGGCAGCGGAGCCGCGAAGGAACUACCAAGCCGUUGCCAAAGCAGCAAUCAGCGGUGGGGAAAGCGUCCCCUUCACUCGACCUUGAAGGGCCCUCUCCGGGGAUGGGGGGUUCGAUCAUCCCGCCUUCGCGGGCUGGGUCCGGGGCCCAGGGCCCCUCCUCGUUCGGGCCCCCAGGGCAGCGCUCUGGGGGGGCGCAAGGGCCUGCGCAAGGGCCCCCUCCAAAGACGGUGUUGCCUCGCGGGAAGCUGGCGCAGUCGGGGGGCCCCGGGAGCAUGCAACAGCUCCCGUUGUCCGAUCCCACAGGGGGGCGAGGGCAGCAGCUGGGCAUGCAAAAGGGGUACCCGUUCGCGUCCUCCUCGGGCCCGGGGCCCAGUUUCGGGACUGGGGGUUUGGGCAGCUCGAGCGGGCGGCCCAUCGCGUCCCAGUCGUUUGGGGCAAUGUCGCAGCAGCAGCCGAAGCCGAUGUCGCAGGGGCCGGGCUUGUCGCUCGGCGGCCAGUCGGCCCCGAGCGGGUCCGCACAAAUGUCGAGACUGGUUGACCUCUCCGCGCCGAGCCAGCAGCGGCCGGUUGGGCCUGGGGGAGGGGGCACGUAUUUGCAGCGCGCGGGGAGCCUCGGGCCGAUGCCGCAGGGCCAGGCAGCCCCCCAAAAGGGCGGCGAGGCGUUCGCACGCCAGCAGGCGAAGAACGGCAAGGGCAGCGGCUCGGCGAACUUCGCAAAGCCGUCUUCCGCUUCGGGGGGGCUGUUUAACCAGCAGCGGCUCCCCAGCCCGGGCCACGCUCUACCCCCCGGAAUGGUGGCGCAGCAGCACAUGGGCGGGUUGGCGAUGCCCGGGGGGGAUGACAAGAGCUGGCAGUACCGGAACCAUGGGAACCCUGGGGGGGGCGAGGGGAAACUGGGCGGAGUAAAGAAGGCGGACGAGGAGACGAAAAAGAAGGCGGACCGUGAGCGGCGCGCGGCGCGGCAGCGGCAGAAGGAGCAGGUCGAGUUCGAGCUGCAGUACCUGGCGGAUCAGCAGGCGCACGACCAGCAGAAGAAGCAGGCCGCCGCGGCCGCGGCCGUGCAGCAGGCCACCGAGCAGUACGCGGCGUUCGCGCAGGCGAAGAAGUUUGCGCCGGGGGCGCUACUCUUCGCGCAGCAGCAGGGGAAGGCGCAGCCAGUCGGGGCGAUGGCGCGCCAGCAAGGGGGGAAAAGUGGCCAGCCGCAGGGGCGGGGGGUAGCCACAGCCUCGGGAAACAUGCACGCGCAGGGGGGGUUGUCCGGGGAGCUCGGCGCGGGGUUGACGCUCGGGCGGAACCCUUCCGGGAGCGCGAACCCGAGCAACGGGGUAGGGAACGGAUCCCGGAACGGAACGCCGGGGUCGGCGCGAAGCCACGAGAUGGGGCCCGCGGUCUCGCACAUGCAGAUGGCGCGGCCGAUCAGCCGGGGGGGAAACGGGGCGAGGUUGCCGGCGACCGUGGGGCUCGGGCAGUUACCGCUGCCGUUCGCCCCGAAGCAGGGCUCGGCGGGUGUGCCGGGGUCGCGGCAGUCGCCGCCGAUGCCGGCGCAUCCGGGGCCGGAACGGGCGGCGGGGGAGGGCAAUAGCCCGACGGGGAGGCAGGGUAGAGAAACGGGUGCAGCCCAGCAUCCACAGCCAAUGGAGCCGCAGUUGGCCAAGCCGGACAUGUCCAGACAAGGUUACAAGGCACCUGCCGACUCCAACGGCCUGCAAUCGCAGUCCGACUUUACGAUGCUCGCCCGCCCCCCUGCGUCAGCUCCUGCAAGCGCCCCAAGCCCAAGCAAACCGUUAAAUAUGGCACAGGCAAUUGCACAGACAGCUCCGGCGAGGACGUUUGAAACGCACCUAGGAAAUCUGGCAGUCCCUGUCAAGUUGCCAGUUAGGGAUGGUCCGGAGCGAACACCGUUAAUGCCACCGCACCCGCCACUAAGGGACGUUCCCGAGCGGACCCCUUUGAUGCCACCGCAGCCGCCAAUGAGUGGGGCAGCGCAGGUGCCGCUCUUAGUUAGGGACGCAGUCCAGACGCCUAACAAGGAUGCAAGUCUGCAUAUGGCACCGCCCCCUAGAAUUAUACCAUCUCAAGAGAGAGCAAUUUUGCCUAGCGUUGAAGGGGAGAAGGGCCUGCCGAGCAGCGGAGGCUAGGGGUGAAGUUUUGCAGAGCCUCUAGAACAAUCGGGGUGGCCCUGAAAACUUGCUGCUCUACCUAAAACGAGUCCUUCCGUGUCAUGAUGAGUGAGUUAAGAUACUCAAAGAACAUUGUCAAUCUCGAGUUCAGCCGACUUCAUUAUGCGCCUGAUUGAUAACAGCUAAUCCGUCAAAGCCACACUAGAGCGUCGAUCGCUUUAUGGAAAGAGUACAAGUGCUUCAAAGUUGAGGGUGCUUACCGGCUUGGACGAAGAUGAGGAUGCUUCACAGAUUGCUUAUGACGAACUGGUGACGAU